AUGAAGCUGAAGGAGAAAGGAACGCUGCCUGGGACAGUCGAGACUGUCCCGAACCAAGCAAAGGUCAUAGAAACAAGGGGUGGAAAGCGGAUGCAAUCGCCACCACAACCAGAUAGAGGUACUAAUCCUUCUUCUACCUCUAUCGUUGCUAACUUGCCUGUACAGGAUGGAGUGAUACAGAUUCCAACUGAGGAAGAAGGUCCAUCCAAGCCACAAGCGAUACCAGCCGCUCGGGUGCCUGAACCGAAGGAAAAGGGUCCCGCUCAGCCUUUGGCUAGGGCUCCAUUUCCCACCAGACUUGGGAAGAAGGACAAUUCCAAGGAAUAUGAUAAGUUUGUGCAUACUUUCCGUAGUCUUAAAGUUACUAUACCAUUUGCUGAUGCUUUGUCACAUAUGCCACAUUACGCUAAGUUCAUAAAAGACAUCAUCAAUCUAAAGCAGGCAUUCCCUGACGAAGCGGCAGCGGUGCAGCUGGAAAGUGUGUGCAGUGCCGUAUUUAAGGAGGACCUCCCAAAGAAAUUAAGCGAUCCUGGGAGUUUUAUCAUUAUUUUUUCUAUAGGCAAUUUAGAGCCGAUUAGGGCAUUAUGUGAUCUAGGAGCAAACAUCAAUCUUAUGCCAUUUUUGCUUUUCUCUAAAUUAGGGCUUUAUGAAUUAGAAGCAUGUAGAACUGUAAUUCAACUUGCUGAUAAAUCAAUAAGACUUCCAAAAGGAAUUAUUCAUGAUGUACUAGCCACCGCUCAAGCAACUAUAAACGUCGCCCAAGGCAAAAUAACAUUGAGCUUAGGUGGAGAUAAAGUCACAUUUUCCAUGAACAAAGCACUGCGCCAACCUCAAGAAGAAAAUUGUGAUUUUAUCGAUGAGUUAAAUGAAUUAUCAACUUUUGAGAACUGUAUGACAAUUGAAACUCUGGAAGGAACUUCAGAUGAUGGAUCGCUUGAGCUGGAAGCUGUUGUGGACUCUAGUGGGGCAGUGAAAGAUUAG